AUGAUGGACAGCAGUGUGGUGGUGCUGGAUGACGGCCCUCAAGGGCAACAACAGCAGGCGCAGCAGCAGCAGGUUGGGGUUGUUGGGGGCGCUGUGGACCUAGCACAGGACGAUAUUGAGGGCGCACCACGCAGCUUGCAUUGCAUUGCAACGCUGCAAGAUGGCCAUGCGUUUGCGGUUGCUGGCAACUAUCACCCUGUUGUCUUUGUGUGUCGGCUCCCAGUCCCACCAGCCGCUGACCCAUCAGACGAUGUGAGCGUGCAUCGCCUGUAUGGCCACCUGGCUGGCGUUACUGCGUUGGGCGCCACAGGCAGCUACCUUGCAUCUGGCAGCAAGGACUGCACCGUCAAGGUGUGGAACCCCGUCGACCUCACCUGCGUUCGCUCCCUCCACCUGCACAACUCCGCCAUCUCCGUGGUCAAGUGGCUCGCGGAUGGCUACCUGGCCACCGCGGAUGAGGGCGGCGGCCUUGCGCUGUGGGACAUCCAAGACUACGACCACCCCACCCGCUUCGAUGCGCAUCAGCGCGCCAUCACCGCCAUCGAGGUCGUCUCCCCGUCCCUCUUCGUCUCCGGCGACAACACGGGCAAGCUCGUCUUCUGGACCGAGGACGGCAACCGCAAGCGGGAGCACGGCGCGUGCAUCGACGCAACGGCACACAUCACGGGUGCAGCCGGUGUCCCCGACGGCAUCAUCAUCAUCACCGCCGCCGACCAACGGCUGCGGCUGUGGUCGAGCAAAGGUGACCCGCUCAAGGACAUGCGGGUGUCGUUUGACUACUCGCGUGACCAGCGCUGGUCCAUCAGCCACCUCGCCGCCGGGCCACAAUGCUCCCUCUACGUUGGGCUCGACCAAUUUGCGUGCGACACGGAGAUGAACGACCAGAUGGUGCUGCGUCUCGUCUACGACAUCAAGCAAGGGUUCACGCAGGAGCAAGGCUUUGCGGCGACGGCAGCGGGCACGAGUGACUCCGUCGGCCGCAUCACAGCACUUGCCAUCUCGCCCCUCGACAGCACCGUGCUGGCCGGGUGCGAGAAGAAGUAUGCCUUUGCACUUGACCCGGCGUCCCUGUCACCAACGACGCCAACAGAAGGCCCGUUCGACGGCAACAUAUCAGGCAUUACGUGGCUUGCAGACAAGGCAUAUGCCGCCGUGACAGUGCAAGGGGAAGUGUUUGUCAGGUUGCCGUCCGGCCCCAAAGACGUUCACCUCCCCACCAGAACCGUAUCUGUUGUUAACGUGUAG